AUGGCUCCGACUUCGAUUGCGGAUCUCGUGGCCGCCCUCCCCUCGGAGGAGUCCUGGGGCCCUGCCUCCUCCGCCGAUAACAUGCUGAACGGCGUCCCCUAUGCCCCCUUCUCCAAGGGAGACAAGUUGGGCCGUAUGGCCGACUGGACUGCUGAGUCUAAGGACCGUGAGCGCCAGGGUCGUCAGCAGUACAACCGCAACUUCAGAGACCAGCAGGUUUACGGUGCCGGCUCCGGCAGUCUGUUCACCGUUGCCACUGCCGAGGACGAGUCCUCCUUCUCCGUCGUUGACAACACCCGUUCCUCGACCAAGCGUACCUUCGGCCGUGGCGGUGGUACCGUUUUCCGUGGCCGUGGUGGCCAGCGUGGUGGUAUGGGCCAGCGUGGUGGCCGUGGCGGUGCUUUCCAGCGUGCCGGUGGUGGUCGUGGCAAUGACCGCUUCUACGACAACCGUGGUGGCCGUGGUGGUCGCGGUGGCCGUCGUUUCGGCUGGAAGGACUACGACAAGCCCCAGCGCACUCGUGAGCCUUCGGUCAACAUCCGCCCUGAGUGGCAGAUGCUGGAGGAGGUGGACUUCACCCGUCUGUCCAAGCUGAACCUCGAUGCCCCCGAGGGCGAGGACCUCGAGACCUACGGUUUCCUCCACUACUACGAUCGCUCUUACGACAAGCCUCCUGUCAAGAACGCCGAGCGCAGAAUCCAGGCCCUCGACCGUGCCGCUUACAAUGUGACCACCUCCCAGGAUCCCAUCAUCCACCAGCUGGCCGAGAAGAACGCCGCUACCGUCUUCGCUACCUCCGACAUCCUCUCCAUGCUCAUGUGCGCCACCCGCUCCGUCUACUCCUGGGACAUUGUCAUCGUCCACCAUGCGCAACGGCGCCUCCUCGACCUGGUCACCGUCAACGAGAACGCCUACGACGCCCCUCUCGAGGUCUCCGAGACCUCCGCCAAGCACGACCAGAUCAACACCCCCUCCGCCCUGGCCAUGGAGGCCACCUUCAUCAACCACAACUUCGCCCUGCAGACCGUCACCGAGAACGACCAGGCCAAGAUCUCCUUCGCCCAACCCAACCCCUUCUACAACGAGGCCGAGGAGACCGAGCCCCUCGCCUCCAAGGGCUACAAGUACCGCAAGUUCAACCUCGGUCUCGAGCGCGACGAGGAGCCCCUCCAGAUGGUCGUCCGUACCGAAGUCGACGCCGUCAUGAAGAACCCCACCGGCGGCGCAGACCAACAACUCAUCGUCAAGGCCCUGAACGAGUUCGACACCAAGGCCCCCGGCUCCGGCAACGCUCUGGACUGGCGCUCCAAGCUCGUCUCCCAGCGCGGUGCUGUCCUCGCCACCGAGAUGAAGAACAACUCUUGCAAGCUCGCCCGCUGGACCACCCAGGCUAUCCUGGCCCAGGCCGAUGGCAUGAAGCUCGGAUUCGUGUCUCGCGCCAACCCCCGCUCCGCUGCUGGCCACGUCGUUCUCGGCGUCGUCGGCUACAAGCCUAAGGAGUUCGCUACCCAGAUGAACCUGAACCUGGGUAACGGAUGGGGUAUUGUUCGCACGAUCGUUGACCGUAUUCGUGAGCUUGAUGCCGAUGAGCCUGCUGAGUCGGUUAAGAAGUACGUCCUCAUCAAGGAUCCUAACAAGUCUGUUCUCCGUCUGUACAGCGUUCCUCCUACUACCUUUGACGAGGAUGAUGAGGCCGAGAUUGAGCAGGAGGAGAAGGCUGAGGAGUCUGAGGAGUAG